UUCUUUUUUUGUGAUUUGAAUAAUUUUUUAUCGUUAAUUUGAAAACCCCUCAAUAGUCACGUGACUUAUUGUACGGUUCUAAAGUCAAAAUAAAAAUAGUAAAAAUUUAAAGUUCUCUCAGUUUUACGUGAUUAAGGAUGUUUAAGUUACUUCUAGUACUGCUUGCAGUUGGUCUAGCUGCUCAAGUCCAUUGUGAGAAUGUUCCAGCAUUCAUUUUCGGCACUAAGUCCCCAACAUUUUUACCAACAUUACAGCACAUAAGCGGUGAUGAAUUCGUUACUUUAGUGAAAUCGCAAGCUGAUAAGGACACAUUGACAGUCGUAUUUGUUGAGAAUAAAUUGUCAGUUGAGGACUUGAGUCAGUGUAAAUUGAGCACGAAGACAUGCUUUGAGAAUUUACGUAAAACCGACAAGACAUAUUUGUCAUCUGUCGAACAUCCAGUCGACUCAUUGAUCAAUGCAUUCGGUAAGCAGAAGAGCAUUACUGUCACAAAUGACAAGGAUGUGAAGGAAGUGACUCUCGAUGGCGAGAAAAUUCUCUUCGUUUAUCUUGAUGAUGUUGAACGUCCAGAAGACUUUUCUGAGCACGAUAAAUUGAUCAGCAAGGCACUCGAACAACUUCAAUCACAAUAUGGAGACGUAAUUGCCGUCUACACAGCCAUUCAUCCAACAUUCAAAUAUUCAGCACACAAAGUCAAGCGUGAAGCAGAGCCAGUAGAAGAAAAGGUCGAAGAAAAAGCAACAGCAGCUCCAGAGCCACCAAAACAAAAGCCAAAGCCACAAGAAGAUGAAGUUAUCGACACAACAAAUACUACAGUCUUCACAAACGAUAGACACGUCCUACUUGCAUUCAAAAAAAUGAUCUACGGCGAAAGAAAUGAAGAAGUCCAGGAUGUUGAGGUUCUUGCUUCUGCAUUCACGAUGGCCGUCUCAAAUGUUAGCGAAAGUGAAUUUUUAGUGACAUUAACAGCACCAGGACAUAAAGUUGAAAUGAAAACAUCAAUUUCAGCUGGAACAUGGCAAGUAACAUUCAGAUAUAAUGAUAUGGACGAAACUCGCGAAAAAUUACAUCCAAGAACAGGUGUUGUAGGCUAUGGAUAUAGUCACGGCUUUGGAUGUGGUGAUCUUUAUGUUGAGAGCUUCACACGUCAUCUUAGAUUCAUUGGAUUCCAAUUCCAACCAGAUUUUGAACCAACAGAAGAGACUCCACUUGAGGACAGAACAUUCUCAGACAAUGUCUCGGACUGUGUUGGAUUCUUUAGUGCUGGAAUUUGGGGUGCAUUGUUUGUUAUCUUCAUUAUGGCAUUUAUUAUGACUUAUGGAAUUUCCAUGAUGUUGGAUAUCCGCACAAUGGAUAAAUUUGAUGAUCCAAAAGGAAAGACGAUUAUCAUUAAUGCUCAGGAAUAAGCAAAUUGUUAAGGCUGUGUCGAACAAAAUAUUCCAUUUAUUUAUGAAAAUAAAAAGAUUAGUCAGAGAAAGGAAGUUGAGUGUGAUUUCUGUUGCAUGGAAAUAGCUGAAAAUUGUUGAAUUAAAAUUACUUGACGUACAUUCUGUAGUUUAUUCUAAAAUUGUUAAUUACACAUUUUAAAUGAAAUAUUUUUGUUAAUCUUUUUGAAAAAUAAAAUAGACUGUUGGGUCACACUCGAGGUAGGAUAGAAAUUGA